AUGUCGGAUACCGUGACCCGACUGGCUCCCAACUUUGUGCGCAACCUCAAGGCCCGAGGCAAAGUGGUCAAGUCGAAGCCCAUCCUCAGCUACCUGCUGCCAUCCACCCGCCGCAACGCACGAAACACCAUCCGCAACCUCCGUUUCGACACGCUCCCGAGACUGCGCCAUUCCGCCCAGUCCCGUAUAUACCGCUUUCUUGUCGGCAGACAGCUCAAGAAGCAGCAGCCCAAGGUCAAGGGUGUCCUCGCCUAUCUGCGGCAGCGCAGUCCGGCACUUCUGUCAUCACGCGCCGAGAAACAUGGUCGUGGAUACCUACAAAGAGCAAUCAUGUCAUAUCGAGGCUACCAAGACGAUGCCCCUCGCGAGUCGGGCGGCCGUCGUAAGAAGCUGGCCGGUUACCUCAAGGCCGCGAACGAGCUGAGACAGUCGUAUGCAAACCAAUGGUCACAGUCCAGAGACUUUGCACAAGACAGUGAGGAGCAACCAGGCAUCUUCCCUGGUGCCGAUGUCGUUCGCAGUGGUGAUGAGGAGAUGAUCAUCUUCCCCAGCUACGCCACAAGACACAUACGAGCAAAACCCCGCGCUCAACCGGGCACAAUACAGCAAGCCGGUGGUACUGGCAGAGACUAUAGAGACACUGUAGGAGCAGGAGACGCCGAGUUCUGGAAGGCUCAAUGGGAAGAGUACGAACAAGACAAGGCCAUUGUCGACGUCGAUGUGCGUGGCUGGCUAUAUACACCACACAAGGGCCAACUCAGUCGCAAACAUCGACUCAUGGUCGGUCUUGCGAGACAACUCGUCGGUAUACAAGCUCCAUCAGGCAGAUCAAGUUCUGCAAACAGUCGAGCCAGUAGUNCGUUCUUCCAGUCCCGUUGGCGGCCACAGAGACUCGACGACAAAACAGGAAGAGGAGGCGAUCCAAAAACAAGCAGACGAAAUCCUGAAAAGGGCGAGAAGGAGGCCGAAAUUGCUGGAAGAGGAGGUUUCAGUGAACGGCCGAGUAAUUACACAGAAACCACUCGCUCCAGAGAACCUUCUCCAGCACCCAGCGCGAGAGAAGGCCCAACUNUUGACGACUUCCUUGCUCCUUCAAGGACCAACACUGCUGGCUCUGAUUAUAUCGAUCCUGUCCAGAAACGCUCAUCAUGGCCGAAUCCUGCANAAAUGUCAUCCGAGCAACUCGUCACUGCAAACAACCAUCUCAUGGCUCGUUUGAGACCAUUCAUGGCCAAUCCACUGGCCAACGCAUCCGUCAGCGCUUUCUUCUACAAUGAUAAAAUCUCCCGUCAAAGAACUGUACAGACGAAUGCUGCCGGGCACUUUCACCUGCGAGCCGCCCUAGAUUUUGUUCCUACUCACGUGCGCAUCCUUGCGUCCGAGGAUCUUUCUGCUACUGAAGAAGUCAAGGUCGUUCCCGUCAGAGGAGUCAGCUUGAUCAGUGAUAUUGAUGAUACCAUCAAGCACAGUGCCAUCACCAGUGGUGCAAGAGAAAUCUUCCGCAAUGCUUUCAUCCGCGAUCUUGGUGACUUGACCAUUGAAGGCGUCAGACAAUGGUAUUGCAAAUUAUCCGACAUGGGUGUACAGAUGCAUUACGUCUCAAACUCACCCUGGCAACUUUAUCCUGUCAUUACUGGCUUCUUCAAAGCUGCCGGCUUACCACUUGGAUCUUUUCACUUGAAGCAAUAUAGCGGCAUGCUGCAGGGUAUUUUUGAGCCAGUCGCCGAACGCAAAAAAGCUACUCUGGACCGCCUGUUUCGUGACUUUCCGGAACGCAAAUUUGUUCUGGUUGGAGACAGCGGUGAAGCAGACUUGGAGGUUUACACUGAUGUAGUCCUGGAAUACCCAGGUCGUGUAGUUGCCAUUUUCAUCCGCGAUGUCACGUCCAAGCCUGAUAAGGGCUUCUUCGACCCAUCGAUGGGUCCCUUGAGUGGUGAUAAGUCAUCCAAAGGUCAUCUUCGUAACAUGUCGACGGAUAGUUUGACUGGAGCCAAGAGGCUCAAUCGUCCCACGGAUAUACAAGAUGACGAUGAAGAGCUUCGUAGAGCGAUCGCUGAAUCCCUCAAGGACAUCGAGCCGGACAGAAAAUCAUUGUUUGGUGCAGAUGUCGAGCCAACGAAAAGACCUGCAUUGCCACCAAGACGCCCUACAGAUCCUCCUGCACCACAAGCCUCUGCAGUGGAGGAGAAUCUUAUCGACUUUAGUGAUGACGAGACGCGCAACUCCCCACCACCUCCUAAACCUCUGGCAUUGCGAUCACCAUCUGGCGAGGGCAAGAAUGCAGUCUUUCCUCCUCCGGCGAAAUCAUCGACUCCGCCACCACCCAAACCUCGCAAACCUAGCACUACUGUCAACACGACGAAUGUGCCUUCACCCUUNNAUCUCAAGUCGUGGAGCCGUCUCCAGCAACGGCAACUCUACACCAGCCGAACAACGAACACUCACUUCCUCGGCUGCAACACGCUCGAUGGAUNNAAUCUGCGUGAUGGUGCCUCUGCUGCUUUCCCCUCUUCCUCUUCCACCACCCAGCCCAACAACACACGACCCAAACCCCCUCCUCCCCGCCGCAACCUAUCUUCCUACCCCGCAGCCGCAGCAUCGCGUCUCAGCGGCGCGUGGAACGACUCCUCCUUCCACGACCCCUAUGAUCCCGAAGGCGGACCUCUACUUUCCAAAAAAGAAGAAUUGUGGAAACGACGCUGGGCAAAGGCGAAAGCUAUUAUGGAGAGAGAGGGUGUGGUGCUCAGGACUUGGAGGGUUGGAGGCGAUGUCAUGGAUGUUUGUGUCGAGGCUGUACGGCAAGAAUUGGCAGAGAUGGAAAAGAUGGAUAGAAGGGAUUUGGAGAUGAGGAAGUUGAAAGAGAGGCAGAGUGGAGGUGGCAAUGGAGAAAAGAGUGGAGGUGGCAAUGGAGAAAAGAGUGGAGGUGGCAAUGGAGAAAAGAGUCGAGGUGGGCAAGGCAGCAGGCAGGGGAAUCUGAUAUGA